AUGAGCCAAAUAACUGACAACAAAGGUACGGUGUCUGUGAUAUUACAAGAUCCCGAUGAAGAACCACAGAUAGAAAAUCCGGAAGAGACAGUUUAUUACAAUAAUUUGAUUGUGGCUAAGGACAUUGCUGUAACCAACCUCCACAAUAUAAUUAAAGAGAAGGAAUCCAACCAAAAUGAAGGUUUCCACAAGGAAUUCAAGUCUCUUCCAUAUGGAGAAAGAUUCGACUGUACUACUGCAAAAUUGGAAGAAAACUUGCUUAAGAACAGAUUUAAAACGACCUUUCCUUAUGACCAUUCCAGGGUGAAAUUAGAACUUGAAAAUGGCUAUACCUCGGAUUAUAUAAAUGCAAACUUCAUUGAAAACAUAGAAGGAAAACCUGAGUACAUUGCAUGCCAAGGACCGAGAGAAAAUACGGUGGUUGACCACUGGAGAAUGGUUUGGCAGGAGAAUGUAGAAUACAUCGUCAUGUUAACAAAUCUCCAGGAAGGUUCAACGAUCAAAUGUCACCAAUAUUGGCCAGGCAAAGGAGAGGAAUUAGAUUUAGGCCUUUUCUCCAUAAAGUUAGAGGAAGAAAAAAUGUAUUCAAAUUAUAUGAUAAGGACAAUGACUUUGCGGAAGAAAAGAGUCACUGGGUCAAGAAUGGUCACGCAAUUUCAUUACACCCGAUGGUCAGAUCAUGGAACUCCAAAUCCAUUGAAUUUUGUCGUCUUUCAUAGACACUUCAGACACAAAAUGAACCCAAGUCAGCAUCCAUUUGUCGUACAUUGCAGUGCCGGAAUUGGACGAACAGGGACUUUCAUUGCCUUUGACGUUCUGACUAGCUGUGGAAGUGAUACGGGCAAGGUCAAUGUCAUAGAGUAUGUCAAGGCCAUGCGUAAGGACAGAAUGACCUUAAUUCAGAAUGCAGAUCAAUACGUCUUUCUGUAUAAGGCUUUGUACGAGUUCUUCAGAAGAAAAGGAGGGUUCGUCAAACGUGAAGAAUUUAUAAAAUGCUAUAGCGAUAGCAACGCUCGAGAAACAAGGAAAAAAAUAGCAGAUGAAUUCAACAAUCUUACAACUUUAAAACCAGCCUAUGAUGCAAAAGAGUUUAAAAUGGGUAUGAAGCAUCUCGCACUGAACUCUACGAAAUCUGUUUUACCAGUUGACCAGCACUUGGUGUAUUUGACGUCUUACGUUCGGGGUCGAGACCAUUAUUACAAUGCAGUGACUUUGUCGUCUUUCACUCAACCCUGUGAGUUUAUUUCUGCUCAACUUCCAGUUUUUGGUGCUGCCAUUGAUUUAGCUCGCUUACUUGUUGAUCAAGAGUCACAUUUUCUUAUAUCUUUCAAUCCCUUGUCUGGCAUCAGAGAGGGAAAAACUCAAAAUGUCCGUUUAUAUGAAUGCCUUGAUUGGAACAUCGAUGACGUACUUCCGGUUGAUACAUCCACGUUGAUAAAUUUAAUCAAACAGUUCAGUCUUGACCGAAAAUCUGAACCGAAUGGACCAGUGACACUUGUCUCCAUAGACGGAGCAACAUGUUGUGGUGUAUUCAUGUCUGUAUAUAAUGCAAUAGAACAGCUACACCAGGACAAUGAAGUUGACAUCUGUACCAUUGUUCAGCAAUUGCAAUGUUGCAGACCGGAAAUUAUUUCUACCAAGGAAGAAUAUGCAUUCUGUUUUAAAGCUGUUUGUGAUUUUCUGAAUACGGACAACGUUUAUGCCAAUAUUUAA